AUGGCGGCACUCCAUGCCGGUCUCAAGCGGAAUCACGAUCACAUGCUUGACCUCCGCCACUCGGUCUCAGAGGCGACGUCAAGAGACCUUUCACCUUACGAUCGCGAGGAGCGCCCGACGAACACUCCGCGAGCCACACUUGACCGCUCUGGGCUCCAUGGCGAUGUGUUCGAAGAUAGUGCAUCGUUCCGCACCUUUGACGCCAGUUCCUCCAUUGUCCUAAUAGGUGUACGAGGUGCUGGUAAGAGUUCUCUAGGUGUGCUUGCUGCCACAGCGUACAGUCGCCGUCUGGUCGAGAUCGACAGGUCCUUUUUCGAUACCACAGGUAUCACACCUCGAGACUAUCGCAAGGCUCGUGGCACCGAGGAGUUCUAUAAGCGCCAUGCCAGUGUGUUAGCCCACACGCUUAACACUCACAAUACCAACAGUGUCAUCAUAUGCGGUUUUGCAGAUCUCGAGCAUGAUGGUGCAACACUGUUGCGGACUUACGCAAAGACUCAUCCGGUAUUCCACGUCACACGAGACGCCAUGGGAAUCCAGUCUUACCUGCAAGUCUGGUCUGUGGAUAGGGUUCAGCGACUGCUGCGCGAUACUGGACCUCUACUGCGCUCGUGUACAAAUUUUGAGUUUUUCAACCUCACUGAAGUAUUGGCGGCCCCUGCAGAACAAGGAGUAUCGGAUGUCACCAGAUCAGACGGGCUCUUUCUUACUCUGAAGCGAGUGGAGCGCGACUUCUUGAGGCUAUUGAGGAAUGUGUUGGGUGACCGCGAUCGUAUACCUUCACAUCAGUCCGCGUAUCCUCUUUCCCAGAUAUACGUACACGAGCGGCCAUCCACCAUAUGUACACAGGUCGAUCUGGAAGACAUUGUGCGCCGCACUGCUGACCUUGACGAUAUUCAAGUGGGGGCCGACGCGAUCGAAAUCCUCAUAGCUAUGAGCACUUCGGAUCAUGGACCACCUCACGAGGAUCUGCUAUUGUCGAUUGCCGAAGCCUUUGCGGUUGUCCGGAGGUCUACCAUAAUACCAAUCAUACUGACAGUCGCACCAGCACAGCGAGACGGUGAACUCAAACAACAGUAUAUGUGUCUUACAAGUUACUGUUUGCGAUUCGGGCCCGAGUAUGUCACUGUCGCUCUCCCUCCGAAUGGUGAUAAUGUAAAUGUCAGAGCUCUACUCGGUGGUAAAGGCAGGACCGUCAUGAUCGGCGAAUGCGAUAUGGAUAGCAGACCGAAGAAUGGCUGGCUCGAUGAAGAAUGUCUAAAAUUGUAUUGUCGAGGCGAUAGCUUAGGCUUCGACAUUGUCAGGGUGCGCAUGCCAGCAGACAGCACGGAAGACAAUUUCGGGAUACCCAUCUUCCUGGAUCGAGCGAGUCGAUUGGGCUUACGGUCCUUGCUCACCGCAUACAACACUGGAAAGCAUGGCCGGACUUCGCUCUGCUUCAACAAAAUUUUGACCCCAGUCACUGCUCCAGGCUCGCACGAUAGCAUGACUGCUAGAGGCAAGACCGCCAUCACAGCAACCGACAUUUUCUCGGCACUAUUCGCGACAUUUGUGUAUGAGCCUCUUCACUUCUUCAUCUAUGGAGCAAGCGUCGACUUCUCGCUCUCGCCUGUGAUGCACAAUGCUGCAUAUAGAGCGUGCGGCAUGCAACAUACGUACAGUAAGCACUCUUCUCCAGACCUCAAGGACUUCGAGAUGUUGUCUCAACAGCCGGACUUCGGUGGUGCGGCGGUGGUGCAGCCUUACAAGACUGGUGUGUUACCCCUUCUCAAGGGACUGAGCUCUCAUGCCAAGGCAAUUGGCGCUGUCAAUACCAUCUUACCGGUCCGUGAGUUUGUGCAGGAUUCUCAGAUGCCAACUUCUACUCAGCUACUCCUGCAAGCAAACAAAAGUGGGCCUGUAAAGGCUCUUUACGGCGAUAAUACCGACUGGAUCGGAAUGCGUGCUUGCCUACGCCGAGGUCUUUCCCCUGCAAACACUGUUCGACCGCACAGUACAGCCCUGAUCUGUGGAGCUGGUGGGCAGGCACGAUCGGCCGUCUAUGCAAUGCUUUCUCUUGGUGUUCGGACCGUUUUCGUCUGCAAUAGGAAUGCUGACCAUGCGCAUGAGCUAGCACGCCAUUACAAUAGUCUGCUCAAGGAUCAGUCUGUGGGGGUGGUUGAUCCUGCGGAGAGUGGUAAAUAUCGUGUCAGAGUCCUAAACUCCUUUGCAAGCACGUGGCCAAAGGACGCUCGUCAUCCUUCCAUGAUCUUGUCCAGUAUUCCUACACAAGCUGCCGAUGGUUCGCCAACAAAUUUCACAUUGCCGGCAGAUUGGCUGAAGAGUCCUACUGGCGGUGUAUUGGUAGAACUCGCAUACCGCCCGAUGGUUACGCCUAUUGUCAAACAAGUUCGCGCACUGGCUCACAAGGGUUGGAUUUUGAUGGAUGGCUUCGAUGUCCUGCCGGAGCAGGCCUUUGCACAAUUCGAAUUAUUCACCGGCCGUCGUGCUCCACGAAAGGUUAUGCGAGAUGAGGUACUUAGACGAUACCGUGAAGAGCAGCAGAGCAUAAGUGCAGCGUGCAAUCUCGAUCCUAAUCCUCCCGCCAGCUGA